UACUCCAUACUACUUUACAAACUUAGUCGCAUCAUAUGUUAUAUAUUUCCCGAUUCUAAAGCUUAAACAGUACUCCGAAGCUUCAAUUGUCACUAGAAAUGCUAGUUUAUCCUCUCUUUCUAGACUCUGAUAAUAUUGACAAAUAGUAGACCAGUGCAUAUAAUCUAUAUGUUGACUUACUUCGAAACAAUUAGGAAAUGGAAAGUGAGAAAAAACCCUACGUAUGUCACAUUGUUCACAUUGAGACCACACUGCAUGAAUCAUGACGGAUAUUCACUGAUACACAGAAGUCUUUGAAAUAGAGACGGAUUUUCCCUCUAGUUUUUCUUGUGUCGUCUCUUUUUCCUGUAUAUUGCUUGUUUCUAGCCUUUGUGUUACAUGUCUGAUAUCAAAGAUAGUGUUACCUAAUUCGCAAUGCGCUUCAAUACAAGGUACAAGUACAAACACUCAAUCGAACAAGAAUGGGCUAACUAAGCUUGUUUUUUUCUUCUUCUUUUUUUUGGUGAAAACGGAAACAUUGUACCAAUUCAGGUGUUUGAGAUUGUCGAUUGAUUUUGGUGACCCUGAAUAGGAAACAUUUCAAAAACACUCCCUCCGUCCAGAUGUAAUAGUGGAAUCGAUUCUGGAUGGAGGGACUGCAUAAUUUCUUUACAUAAACAUUAUACUCACUCUAGAUCUGGAACUAUAAUACAUCGAUUCCGUCCAUUUGACUUUUGUAGAUAACCAUUUGUAAUUGCAUCCAUGAUAUGCCAUGUCUGCCGAGGUGGAAGGUUUUAUGUUACAUUUUACAAGAAACUUGGAAUCAUGUCGCAUUUUUGGUAUCUUAUUAAAAUGAUCAAGCUUAUAGGCAGAGCACAAACCCAAAAUAUAAUAUUUUACAAUAGCCUUAAUAAUUUAGGAGUGCUUCCCAUGUCUCCUCUAGAUUAUCAGUUAGUAUUCUUAGUUGUGAUCACAUUGUCAGUUUGGUAGGUGACAACAGGAGCAAACGUCAGAAACACCAAAAUCAAAUUAACUAUGUUACUCGAACUUUUUAUUUUGACUCAAGUAUCUUGUGUCCGUCUCGGAUAUUCGACACUUGAACACUUUUUAGGGGACACUUUAUUUUGGGCCAAAAUCAUGAUUUCUCUUUCCACAAAAUAGCUGAGUCGGACACUUGGAUCGGACAUGUACCUGUGUCGGACGCGAGAAUCCGAGUCCAAGAAACAUAGCACAUUAGGAUGAAAAGAAAAUUGAAACAAGAAAGGAAAAUGCAGCUCCAAAGUAUGGGAAUUAUAGUCUGCUGCCAAAAUGUUAAACAAAGGAAAAGCUGGAAUGUCAACAUUCACCACAAUAAUCUGAUAACAAAACUUCCUAAAUUUAUUUCCGAUGACAAAUUAAAGAAGUAAAAAAUGUUGGAUAAUUUAUGAUAAAAAAAUGUUAUGACAAAGUCAAAUGACUAUAUCUUAGUAUUUUUGAGGAAUAUAUUUUCAAGAUCAUUAGAUUCUACAAAGUGGUGGAAAUGAUGACUCCCCAUUACCUGUAUUCGCGCUUAUAUGGUACAGGUCCUUCAGUUAGCCUGUUCUUUGUUGUCAUAAGACCCAAAUAGGAGGAAAACAGAAGAUUAUAGUUAAUACUCUACACUAGGCAAGAUGAAUGACUUGUUUUCGAACUCAUUCAAGAGGUAUGCGAAUCUGAAGGAUCAAGCACAGCGCGAUGAUUUGGAGUUAGGGAGUCAGACUGGUGCCAACCUCGACAAGUUCUUUGAGGAUGUGGAUGGUGUCAAGGGUGACAUGGGAAAUGUAGAUAAGCUUUACAAGAGGCUCCAAGAAGCCAAUGAGGAAUGCAAGAUCGCGACUAAUGCGAAGGCGGUCAAAGACCUCAGGGCUCGAAUGGAUAUUGAUGUAGAACAAGUCUUGAAACGAGUCAAGAUCAUCAAAGGGAAACUAGAAGCUCUUGACAGAUCCAAUGUAGCCCACAGGAACCUACCAGGGUGUGGUCCGGGGUCCUCAGCUGACCGGACACGCACCUCCGUGGUGAGUGGCUUAGGGAAGAAGCUCAAGGACAUGAUGGAUAACUUCCAAACACUUAGGUCAAAAAUGUCAGCUGAAUAUAAGGAGACAGUAGAAAGGAGGUACUUUACCAUAACAGGGGAGAAGGCAGAGGAGGAGACUAUAGAGAAGUUGAUCGAGAGUGGAGAGAGUGAAUCGUUCCUUCAAAAGGCUAUCCAACAACAAGGAAGAGGUCAGAUAAUGGACACGGUGAAGGAGAUACAAGAGAGGCAUGAUGCAAUCAAGGAGAUUGAGAAGAAUUUGUUAGAGUUACAUCAAGUUUUCUUGGACAUGGCUGCUCUUGUAGAAGCUCAAGGCCAACAGCUUAAUGAUAUCGCUAGCAAUGUGAAUCGGGCUAGCUCUUUCGUGAGCCAUGGGGCUAAUGAGCUCGUAGUGGCUAAGGAUCACCAAAAGAAUAGUCGGAAAUGGACUUGCAUUGCCAUCAUCCUUGGAGUUAUCCUUGUUAUAGUUAUCUUGUUUCCCAUCUUGUACUCUACUCUUCUUGUGCCCCGUUAGUUAAGGAGUAGGAAUUACUUUUACAAUUCGUUCAUUUUUCUUUUGACAUUUGUUUCAAAUGCUCUAUGUGAUAUUUACGUUUUAAAUUGGCUGCAUCAGUCUAUCUUUAUUAAGGCCACUCUGACUAGUAAGUGAAACAGUAACAGAAGUAAUCAAUAUCGCCAUCCCGUCCUAUUUUUGUGGGAAAUUUAGAUCUAAAAGUAAACUAGUCAAUCAUCCAUUUACACAUAUCAUUGUAUUACCAGAGAAAGGUUUUGAGAUUUGGCAAAUUCAGACACUUUUUUGUAAUA